GUACUGUAUGUGGAGCAGUGUACAGUGGAGCGGAGGCACAGCGGCUCCGCGAGCUCCUCUGCACUUUCCCAUAGAGAAGCCUGAGCGGCCGCCGAGGGCGAGCCACACACACGCCCGCAGCCCGGCCCGCCCGCGAGGUCACUAUCAUAUGACAAAGGCUUUGCCGCAGUUCGUCUUCCUCACUGUGUACUUUCCAUUUGCCUUCCAAGAAUCCUGCUGCAUCACAGAAGCUGGAAGUUCUGAUGUUCUAUUGAAAUCACAAUGGAAAGUCUUGACUUGACUGGUACCCUCGGGAAGACCCCAAGCCUCUAGCGGUACCUGGUAUCGUCUCCAGCAUGUUAUAGAGGUGAAGGAGUCCCUGGGAUAUUGAGAAUUACCAGAGGCGAAUUGUUCCACUGUAGUCACAGUAAUGAAAGGCAGUAACAGAAAUAAAGAUCAUUCAGUAGAAGGAGAAGGGGCUGGAAAACGACCAAAACGAAAGUGUCUUCAGUGGCAUCCAUUGCUAGCCAAGAAACUUCUUGACUUUUCAGAGGGGGAGGAAGAGGAAGACGAAGAGGAAGAUAUUGAUAAGGUUCAACUUCUUGGGGCCGAUGGCCUAGAGCAAGAUGUUGGUGAGACUGAAGAUGAUGAAUCACCAGAACAGCGAGCUCGGAGACCAAUGAAUGCAUUUCUUCUAUUUUGCAAACGCCAUCGCUCCCUUGUACGUCAAGAACACCCCAGGCUUGACAACCGAGGUGCUACCAAGAUAUUAGCUGAUUGGUGGGCUGUUCUCGACCCAAAGGAAAAGCAGAAGUACACAGACAUGGCUAAGGAGUAUAAAGAUGCAUUUAUGAAAGCAAAUCCUGGCUACAAAUGGUGUCCAACCACAAACAAGCCUGUGAAAUCCCCAACACACACGGUCAAUCCACGAAAGAAACUUUGGGCCUUUCCUUCUGAUUCUUCAAGAGACUUACCAAGUCCCAAGAAAGCAAAGACUGAAGAAAUGCCUCAGCUUAACUUUGGAAUGGCUGAUCCUACUCAAAUGGGAGGCCUGAGCAUGCUACUAUUAGCUGGAGAACAUGCUCUUGGCACACCGGAGAUAUCCUCUGGUACUUGCAGGCCUGAUGUUGCUGAAUCCCCUGAAUUACGUCAGAAGUCUCCAUUAUUUCAGUUUGCUGAGAUAUCUUCAAGUACAUCCCACCCUGAUGCUCCUACAAAGCAAUGUCAAGCAUCGGCCUUGUUUCAAUUUGCAGAGAUCUCUUCAAACACUUCACAACUGGGUGGUGCUGAACCUGUGAAGCGCUGUGGAAAGUCUGCACUAUUUCAGCUGGCAGAGAUGUGCCUGGCAUCAGAGGGGGUGAAGAUGGAAGAAUCCAAGCUAAUAAAAGCAAAAGAAUCAGAUGGCGGAAGAAUUACAGAACUGGAAAAGGGAAAAGAAGAAAUAGAAAUAAAAAUGGAAAAAACAGAGGAAAUGAGCUUACAAAAGGAAGCAGAAUUUGAAAGAUCAGCUAAGGAAAAUCUAAGAGAUUCUAAGGAAUUAAGAAAUUUUGAGGAGCUGCAAAUGGAUGAUAUAACAACUAUAAAAAUGGAAGAUCCCAAAGAAAUUAGAAAGGAAGAAUCAGAGGAAAAUCAAAAAUUUAGUCACUUCCCUAAUUUUUCAUACUCUGCUAGUAGCAAGAUAAUAAUAAGUGAUGUCCCCAGUAGAAAGGAUCACAUCUGUCAUCCUCAUGGAAUUAUGAUCAUUGAAGAUCCCACAGCAUUAAACAAACCAGAAAAGCUAAAAAAGAAAAAGAAGAAAAACAAAAUGGAUCGGCAUGGAAAUGAUAAAUCCACACCCAAGAAGGCUUGCAAAAAGAGGCAGUCUUCCGAGUCUGACAUUGAGAGUGUCAUAUACACCAUUGAAGCUGUUGCAAAAGGAGACUGGGGCAUUGAGAAAUUUGGAGAAACACCUCGCAAGAAGGUCCGCAUAUCCUCAAGUGGCAAGGGAAGCAUUUUGGAUGCCAAGCCACCAAAGAAGAAAGUGAAAUCAAGAGAGAAGAAAAUGUCAAAGGAGAAAUCCUCAGACACCACCAAAGAGUCAAGACCUCCAGAUUUCAUUAGUAUUUCUGCCAGCAAGACCAUUUCUGGUGAGAUGCCCGAGGGCAUAAAAGCAGAACCAUUGACCCCCACGGAGGAUACACUACCACCCAGCCUAACGGGACAGGCCAAACCUGAGGACAGCGAAUGUCACAGAAAAAUAGAGACUUGUGGCUCCAGAAAAUCCGAGAGGUCUUGCAAAGGUGCUCUUUAUAAAACCCUGGUGUCCGAGGGCAUGCUCACCUCUCUGCGAGCCAAUGUUGACAGAGGAAAACGAAGCUCAGGAAAAGGAAAUUCCUCUGAUCAUGAAGGGUGUUGGAAUGAAGACAGCUGGACAUUUAGCCAGAGUGGGACCAGUGCGAGCAAGAAGUUCAAGAAGACAAAGCCAAAGGAAGACGCUCUCCUUGGCUCAGCAAAGCUGGAUGAAGAAUUUGAAAAAAAAUUCAACAGCCUCCCUCAGUAUAGUCCUAUUACUUUUGACCGGAAAUGUGUUCCUGUCCCAAGAAAAAAGAAGAAAACUGGAAACAUGUCCUCAGAACCAAGUAAAACCAGCAAAGGUCCUUUCCAGUCUCAGAAAAAGAACUUAUUCCACAAAAUUGUCAGCAAAUAUAAGCACAAAAAGGAGAAGCCUAAUGUUCCGGAAAAAGGAAGUGGGGAUAAAUGGUCAAACAAGCAGCUCUUCUUGGAUGCCAUUCACCCUACAGAAGCCAUAUUUUCAGAAGACAAAAACACCACAGAGCCUGCUUAUAAGGUUAAAAAUGUCCCAUCCAUUCCCAACACUCCAGAGCCAACAGCCAUGCAAGAACCUUUGGUGGGCAGCCAAAAGAGAAAAGCAAGGAAAACCAAGAUCACACACCUUGUCAGGACAGCAGAUGGCCGGGUAUCACCAGCAGGAUGUACAUUAGAUGACAAACCAAAGGAGCAACUGCAGAGGAGUCUCCCUAGAGCAACCGAGACAGACUGCAAUGACGAAUGCUCACACAACACGGAGGUGGAGGAGACACGGAGCAGUACUCCAGAAAUGCCUGCCGUGUCGGCGUUCUUCAGCCUCGCUGCGCUGGCUGAAGUGGCAGCCAUGGAAAAUGUGCACAGAGGUCAGAGGUCAACUCCACUCGCCCAUGAUGGACAGCCAAAAGAAAUGCCACAGGCUCCUGUACUUAUUUCCUGUGCUGACCAGUGAAGCGCCCUUUAAUUGUAAAACAUUGUGCUUUACCUACUACCCUAGCCUUGUCUUUACCAAGGGAUGCUAGUGAGUCCAUGCGGUGAAAAAAUAUAGACUGCAAACAAGUGCUUGUUGCCCUACACGGCCCAGAUUCACUUGAAGCAGAAGUUAGCAUCCUGGGCCAGUUUGUUCUUUCAGCACCCAGUCUUUGAGGGCGAUGUUGUCUGUCUGAUACUAAGCAGAAACAGAAUGAUCCUAGAGCUUUGCUUUCUGUUGAAGGCUUUUGAUGGUAAUAGGUGGUAACUUGGUAAAAGGCUGCCUUUACUAUAGCUCAUCCAGCAUCUCUUUUACCAACCAGAGAGUGUGAAACUAGUUUCAUAUAUUACCUAGUUAUUCUUUCAAAACAAAACAAAAAACAAACAAAAAAAACAAACAAAAAACUGACGCACUGCACUAGUUAUUAUUAGAUAUUCUUAGUCUUUUUUGUACAUGGAGAUUUAAGUUCUAAGAUGGUUUAUAUAAUAGGUUAUACCUACAUUUAUAUUGUAGAAUAAAUAUUAAGAAGCCUGUUCCAGAGACUCCCAAGCAGCACGAGCAGGCAGAUGUACCAUUGUUAGCGGUGUAUGCUCGGCCUCGUGGUCCAUAUAUUCUGCACUUUUAUAUUUGCCACCAGAGUGUAGUUUGUUGGCAAAAAAGAGAGAGAAAGAGAAAAAAAAAUUAACAGUUCUUACAACCUGAAUUGUUUUCUUAGCCUUGAGUGACCAAGAAUUUGCUUGGGGCAAAUUGUGGCAAAUAUUUUCCCAGCCAGGGAAAGAAGAUUACUGAUGUUUUCAUGCCUUGAGGAUUCUUUUAUUUUUACACAGGGGUCUAAGUGACCAAUGGAUCGUUCAUACGAACAGACAAAAAAAGACAAAAAUAUUAUUCAAAAGUGACCUUAGUAUUACUUCACUAUUCUAACACAUUGAAGACACUCACUUCACGUGGACUUGGAGCUACAGACCUUUUACAUCCAUCCCAGACAGACCGGACGGGUUGCGAUUGCUAUGCACAGCCUAAUUGGCACUGCAGGUUUUUAGAGCCAUUUUGAGUUUGUGUUGUGAAGGAGGUAUUUAGUAGAUGAUGAGGGAGGUAUGCCUGACCAGAGUGGGACUCUUAGUCAUAGAUCUACCUGCAAGUUUUUGUUUCCUUUUCGUGUUUUGUUGCUUUUGAACAUAAAACCAACCAUACAUAUGCCAGUGCCAAGUGGAUUAACUGGCUUAGAACAUUCAACAUAUUGACUUAGCCACCUGAUGUUCACAGUGUCUUGUUUCCUAGCAACAGAUGCAAAGUGAUAAAUCAAAAUUAGUCUGAGGCUACAGAUUUUACAGGGUAUUUGUUCCAUAGCACAAAGUAUUUCCCCACUCUUGCAUCACAGCACAAACUACCAAAUUUUAAUUUUUGGAUUCCAGCAAUAAUUUUUAAUGGUUUUCAAACUGGCUGAUUUUGAUAGUGCUAGUUCGAGUUUGAAGCUUUUGAAUUAGAUCUCUAAAUGGUGACAGUUUACAUGGUUUUAUCUAGCUUUCUUAUUUAUACUUGACUGAAUUGUAAUGAUGAUUUUUUUUCUAAUUGUAAUUUGACCUAAUAGCCAUACAAAAAUGACUCUAUUAAUACUGACUAGAUUUAGUUUCUGAUGGUUGUAGAUAUUACUUCAGUUUCGGUGCUGGAAAAUAUGUACAACAUACUAACAGGAUUUUAAAAAAAAACUGCUGAGGUUUUUCUUUUUUUUUUUUUCCCCAAAGUAGGUAAAGAGAACAAUAGAGCUUUAGAAUGGUGUCCUCAAAAAUGCAUAUUCAUUGUGGGGAGGGAGGAAAGAAGGAAUUGGUGAAAGGUUAAUUAGAAGUUACAGCUUAACCCCAUUCACCUAGAAAUAAAUCAAGUGAGCAGCCCCCAGAUUUUAGUAAUAUUUAGUAAUAUUUUUACUAUGAUACUGUUUUAUUAAUAUUUUCUAAAUUUCAAAACAAAAAAGUGAAUGUUUGAAAAUUGCUGGGUCCUGAUGUUGGUGGCUGUUGGAGUUUUGGACCACUAACUAGAGGCGAUUUAAGAAUUAUGAUUAGCUAAAAUCCAAAAAAAAAAAAAAAAUGAAAAACCAA